AUGAUAAUGAUUGUGUUAUGCAUUGCAAUUCAAUCCAUCGUCGCCUAUAGGCUGGAUAAAAGGCUUAAUACUGAUGGUAUUAAUGAACAUCAUGGUCAAUUACUUGGUCCAGAAAUAACCGAAGCGGGUAAACACAUACUGGCCAAAAUCACCGAGGCCAGGGCAGCAAAGUACAGCCACCUAUUUGUGACCAACAUGAAUCCGGGCGACGCAGUCAAACAAGUAGACCAAAUAGUCAAACUGUUUCAAGAGAUAACCCAGAGUUUUGACAAUCAGCCUUGUUUACGGAUUGAGGAAAAUUUGAUGGGACGUACAAUUGAGGACAACUGUUACGCACUCAUCACUAACCGUAUCGUUCAGACCAUUGCCGGCAAAUACGAGCUGACAGUCGGCGAGAAAGCAUUUAUGGUCACCGAUUCGGUCACUGAAAAGGAGAUUAAGUACGAGUUCUUUUUGGGUCCCCUAUAUUUCGGUGUUUACUCUACUAAAGCUUAAAUCGGG